GGUGUUUCCCUGUUUGUCUGUCGGUUGGUGCUAACAGUUGGCUGUUGAAAUCAUCAAACCCUCCACAGUGAGUGGGGGAGGUGGAGGAGAAGUGUUUUUGAUAAAAGCAGCCCAAGCAGUUCAGGUGUUUCCACAGAUAUUCAAGCUGAAAUCCUAAGAUUCCUGAAGAUAUUGUCAGUCAACUCCCACAUGGAGAAAGUGAACCACUAAAAAUUUAACCGAUUAUACUCCGCUCCAGAGAAUUGUUCUUAGAUGCCGCUCAGUCUCUGUGUUUGCAAAUGGCUUGCUGUCUGAAGGACGAGCUCCUCUGUUCAAUCUGCCUCAGUAUCUACCAGGACCCCGUCAGCUUUGGCUGCGAGCACUACUUCUGUAGGAAGUGCAUCACCGAGCACUGGAGCAGGCAGGAGCCUCACGGAACGAGGGACUGCCCUGAGUGCCGGAGGACCUUCACCGACCCUCUCCUCUCGCCUAGUCUCAAGUUGUCCAACAUUGUGGAGCGCUACUCGGCCUUCCCGCUGGACGCCAUCCUCAACGCCCAGAGGAGCUCCUACCCCUGCAAGGACCACGAGAAGGUCAAGCUCUUCUGCCUCACUGACAAGAGUCUGGUGUGCUUCUUUUGCGACGAACCGGCGCUACACGAGCAGCACCAAGUAACCACUAUUGACGAGGCUUACGAGGAGAUACAGAGGGAGAUGAAAGAGCAGCUGGCCACCCUGCAGGACAGUGAGAAGGGACACACUGAGGCCCUGCAGCUCCUGCAAAGACAACUUACUGAGACCAAGUCCUCUGCCAAGAGUCUGCGUGCAACUAUCGGCGAUGCCUUUGAGCGGCUCCACCGCUUCCUGCGCGAGCGUCAGAAGAGCAUGCUGGAAGAGCUGGAGAUGGACACAGCCCGCAAGCUGGCUGACAUCGAGCACAAGAUCCAGUGCUAUAGCCAGCAGCUACGCGACGUCAAGGAGGGCAUCCAGAUCCUGCAGGAGCGCCUUAACGAGUCGGGACGACACGACUUCCUGGAGGGCGUGGCCGUCACAUCUGAGAGAUUUGAUGGACAAGCGGUGAAGAUCAAUGCAAUCUACUCAGCUGAGCAGUCCCAAGAGACAAAGAUUAAAGGGAAGAUACAUGAGACCAAUCUGACAUAUGAAGACUUCCCGACAUCCAAGUACAUGGGGCCCUUACAGUACACAAUAUGGAAGCUGCUCUUCCAGGAUAUCACGCCAGUGCCAGCAGCGUUGACCCUCGACCCCAUCACAGCCCACCAACGACUGAUACUCUCAGACGACUGCACCAUAGUAGCCUAUGGCAAUCUCCAUCCGCAGCCCCUGCAGGACUCCCCACGCCGCUUUGAUGUGGAAGUGUCUGUUCUGGGGGCAGAGGGCUUCGUGUCAGGUGUUCAUUACUGGGAGGUGAUGGUGUCAGAGAAGACCCAGUGGAUGAUUGGUGUGGCCCACGAAACGGUCAGCCGCAAGGGCAGCAUCCAGAUCCAGCCCAGUCGCGGCUUCUACUGCAUCGUUAUGCACGACGGGAACCAGUACAGCGCCUGCACCGAGCCUUGGACCCGCCUCAACGUAAAGAGCAAGCUGGAGAAGGUGGGGGUGUACCUGGACUACCCCAAAGGCCUGCUCAUCUUCUACAAUGCAGACGACAUGUCCUGGCUCUACACCUACCGAGAGAAAUUCCCUGCAAAGGUCUUCCCUUACUUCAGCCCGGGCCAGAGCCACGCCAAUGGCAAGAACGUGCAGCCACUGCGGAUCAACACUGUACGCCUUUAAUAGCUUCACACAUCUGUGGUCACAGUUGUCCUGACAGAUGAAUUCAUCAUAGGUGUGUUCACGGGGCUUGUGUAGGUUUCAAAAGAUGUUCAAGAAAUCAGUUAAAAAAAAUGUUUAAUAGGGUGUUUUGAAAUGUUAAUUUCUUUCUGUUCAGUAAAGAAUUGUGCUCGAUGUUGCUCUUAAAACCUGCGCUGUUUUAUGUGACUUGAAACAACCGUACGAUAAUGGCCUGCACUUGAGCCUCAUUCCGCAACUUUACAUGAAAUGAUGACACUAAAUGGAGACAGAAGGACCCCCUGGGCUCCUCUUGGGUCUGUGGCAGUGAUGUAAAAAGAUAAGAGAAGUGAUUUCCCCCCUCUCAAAGUGACUGUCCCAGGCCCACCUUGCACACUCCCAGGGGGGCACCAAUCUCCUCAUCAAGUUCCAGACUUGUCAGACUUGACGUCCACUCUCUGUCCAGUCAAGCGGACACUGAAGACCGGCCACUUGUCUUCUCUGUGCUGUACAGUUGGCUUAGCUUUGUUUGUGGAAACGUGAUUGACAGCAUUCAGCUCCUUUGUAAUUUUUUUUGGCUUUUGUUUGGCCAGAAAUCCACCCUGUUUGAGACCAUGAUCCCCUGCAGGUCACAUCCACAUAUGUCUGUUCAGUGUUUUAUCAUAGCAGGGGGUAGUUAUUGCUCUAUGUCCACCAGUGAACCAUGACACAUAAAACAAACACAAUGAAUCAAAAAAAUAGUGGAAAAAAAGCUGCCCAUUUCUAUCGACUGCACAGUCCUGCCCACAUGUGGUAGGCAAGUCUGGAGGUGGAGGUUGACCAGAAAGGUGCUGCUAUUGGUGGAGUAACAACUUGAGUGUUUGAGUAUAAAGAGUAGAAAGGAUUAAAAGGAAUAAAUCACUUAUCGUUCUGACUUGUUUAAGUUUCUGCUCUUUUCCCCCAAACCCCAAACUGCAAACCUUCAGCAAAUAUUCUGUUUUUGUCCACUUCAGUGUUUUUUAGUCGUUCUUCACCCCAAUUCAAAAAUGCAUAUUUUUCCUUGUAACUGCGGUGCCAUUUUUCUACUCCUGUUUGUUUAAGUCGAAUUGGCGAGUUUUGGAAAUUUAUGUUAUAGAGUUGUCUGCCUCAUCUUGAACAGAAUAGAACUACAUGACUUGUGGUACAAACGGCGAGCUAACUUGGCAAAUAUGUGUGCAACGAUGCACAGAAGUCACGGUGCAGUAUGUAGCUUGGUACAAGGGUCACAGUUUGGUACAAGUUCGGUGCACAAGGCUCGAGUUCUGUUCAUUUGUAUUAAACACACAGUAGUUUAAUUACAGUUGUUCCACCUGGACAAUAACCAAAUUAAGGAAAUAAAUAAUAGCAACUUAUUGAAAAGCCACUGUAAACAAUGAUGUUUGAAGCCCUGAUUUACAUAAGCUGUUUGUUUGAGUAAACCUCCGGUGCUCUUGAAGCUUGUUCCACAUGCGGACAGCAUAACACUAAAAGCUGCUUCACCUUGGUGGUUAGUUAAUGAUGUCAUGAGCCUCUCAUCCUAGAGUAGAUUCACAUUUUCUUCUGUGCGUUGAUACAGUUGUUGGGUGUAGUAUGGUCGAAAGCAAUUGGUUCAGACAUGAAAGUGCACACAAACAAGGUCUGUGGAUUAUUUUGACUAACCGGCUCAUGAUUUCUUGGAAGAGAAAUUGCUGUUGAGUCUUUUAAAUGUAUUGUUUGGGCACUUUGAGCACCACAGUCAGAGUGCGAUCAAGUUCCAUUACAGUCAAGAGAAGGCAGACAUCUCCAAGACGUCUAGAUGGAUGAAUAGCCCUACUGAUGAGAGGAAAAAUAUGUGUUUUAUAUCUUUGGGGUGAGGAUAUUAAAUCGUGCUGUUUGAGUGAAAGCAAAACUUCUCAAAUGUGAAAAUCUGAAACGUUAUCGAUGAAAUAAGUGUAACAGAGACAAACUGAUCAUUUUAUUCUAAAUCAUGUCAUUCAUGUAAAUGAAGUCGAGCUGUAUGUUUUGGGAGUUAUCUAGAAAAAUGAUGGAUGGAUGGACUUCCCUAAUAUACAAUCCCCGUGCGACCGACAUUCCCAAGGCUGCUGUUGCAUUACAUAAUCGCAAAAUCACUGAUAAUUCCUCCGAGGCUCACCCAUGUUUAUUUCUUUGCCCCACGUGCCUCAAGCGCUCUUGUUUAUCAGUAGUUGCACACAUGUCCUGCAGAAUCGGCUCUAAGAGGCUUCGGUCGCCCAGCCAAGUCCAGCAUACUGAGAGAUGUGUGUGUGUGUCUGUGGGUGGGUGGGCGGUUGAUAAUGUGCACGGGUGUGUUUUCACAGCCCGGUUUAGCUAUAAUUUUAAAUCCAGCUUUAGUCGUGCUUGAUAAAGCCCAUCUGGCCUUUAAAUCAUACCCACGCAGUGGCCAAAAGUGAUUAUUACAAAAUACUUUGAGGUAGAAUUUAACAGAUUUUCCUUCGGUGAAUGAGCAAAAAAUUUGAUAAAGUCACCUCACCCCUCAUCUGCCACUGUACAUCUUUGCAUUUGUAUAUGUGUUGUUGUGUGUUGUCUGUUUAAAUGAAAAUUGGGGCAGUGCCCUUGUUUUUGUAGGAUGUGAUUCCGGUAUAUUUGCAGUAUGCAUACGACGGUCAAAUUGUGAGCUUCAGCAAGUUAUUCUUGGUCUUUGUUUUAACUUAUCGCAGAUCUGCAACGGCCUGUUUCCAGAAGCAACUGUUAGUCUGAAAAAAAAAAAAAAACGCUGCUGAAGAAAAUCCAUGAAAAGUUAUUUUUACACCCGUCUGUUUUCUGGGAUUUACUCAGCAAAUGUAUUCGGAUAGACUCAGUAAACCUGCUUAGUGAAACAGGAUUUAUAUUAAGAUGUUGGAAGAUAAAAAAUUACUGAAUAGUUUUGACAAUCAGGACAGAAUUUAGUCAUUUUGCUUGUCUCUAUAAAUUAAGCCAGCGGACGCUUUUGUUUGCAGGUUAAAACAGAUGCUUCACUUUGACCGCAGUUUGCUGUGUUGCAGACUUCAGUGUGGUCUGCUUCAGUAACCACUCUCUGUUUGAAUAUUAAGAAGGAGAUUAUAAUGACAUGGUGUUGGGUUACUGGUGGUGGUGGUGGUGGUGGUCAUGAUGCUAAUGGUUAAAAUUAUUACGAUGAUGAUAACUAUGACGCUUUUAAAUGAUGAUUAUAAUGAUGAUUGUGUCUUUUGAUGAUGGCAGCUGUGCGCCCGUCAUUGUGUGUGAACACACUCUGGUGUUCUUUUGCUGCUGGAGGUUUGUGGGAAAUGUUUUAAUGUACAAUAAAUUACUGCUAAAAUCAA